AUGGAGUCGAACGGACCGACGCCAAAACCUAGCUUGGAGCUGCUGCCCAGGGGAGUAAUUGUCAUUGCGGGUGGUGGACCAAUUGGUCUGCUGCUUGCACGAGUCCUCUCCUUCUACGGCGUGAAGUCGAAACUGUUCGAACGCAAUAAGACAACCACCAAAUGGCCCAAAAUGGACCUGACCAACGCUCGGUCAAUGGAGAUCUUUCGCAAGCUAGGCCUCGCCGAUGACCUCCGAAAGCAAGGCGUGCCGCCGGAUAUCGACCAGAAUGUCAUCAUAUCCACUGGACUCUCUGCAGAAAAGCCGCUCACGCAAUGGGACCUACCGGGAGUAGACAGAUUUAGAUCUCAAAUUCAGGACACAAAUGACGGCACACAGCCCCAAGAGCCUUGGCAGAGAGUCUCGCAAGCCAUCUUUGAAAGAUGGCUAAAGAAAAUCUGCGACGACGAUCCACUCAUCGAUCUCAACUAUGGCUUCAAAGUAGAACACGUUGAAGAGCAACAAGAGCCAGAAACGAUCGAGUCUCAUGAUGCUGUCUAUCGCGUUCUUGGGGGGCUCUAUGAACCGUACAAAUUCCAGAUCGACGAGAUUCUUGCACGCUCCAUCUGGAGGCCAAACGUUGCCGUGACACGCCACUGGAGAAGUCACGAAGGACAUGUGUUCCUUGCCGGUGACUCGGCACAUCAGAACAUUCCUACCGGAGGUUAUGGGAUGAACAUGGGUAUCGGAGACGCCUUUGACCUCGGAUGGAAACUCGCAUCGGUGAUCAAUGGUGAGGGCGGCCCGAGACUCCUUGAGUCUUACGAAGCGGAGCGCAAACUCGUAGCCCUCCGCAACGUGGAACGGUCUCACGUCCACUUCAAGGUCCACAAUGAGUUGCAGACGUUGCUCGGCGGCGGUGACCCGCGUCGCAUCGACGCCGACACAGAAGAAGCACAUCUGCUCAGGAAGCGUGUUCACGAAUUCUACCAGAGUCAUGAUGGGGAAAACAGGGACCUUGGGAUAGAGAUGGGAUACCGGUACAACUCGCACAUUGUUUUGCAUCGAGAAGACGACGGUAGCGAGCCUCCCUCGGAUCCGCGUUGCUACACGCCAACAACAUGGCCUGGCGGUCGGCCCCCUCAUCUUUUUCUCUCCGAUGGCACCGCAAUAUUCGACAAGUUCGGCAGACACUGGUCACUUCUUUGCUUCACAGAUACCGAUGUGGGACAAUAUCAUAUUGUCCAAGCAGCGAGCGACUUGGGCUUAAGUCUGUCGCUGAUCAAUCUUUCAGGAGAGGCGCAAGCCAGAGCUUUGUAUGAACGAACUCUGCUCUUGAUCCGCCCAGACCAGCAUGUCGCCUGGAGAGCUGAGGCAGUGGAAUCACUAGCAAUCGCAUAUGCAGUUCUACGGGCUGUUUCUGGGCAUAUCUAUACGACUGUAAAGAAUGCGGUCAUCGGAGAUGCAAAGCCUAGAACGGAAUUGGCUGCUGAAUCGUCGGUGAAGACAUAG